CUACAGGGAACGAACCCCUUCCCAUGAAAAGGCUAUCUCUCAUGCACGCGCACAUGACAUAGCGCAAGAUUCAAAAGAUUAACAAAGAUGGAGGCGAAUGAAGAGAGAAGGGAGCAGUUAGAGAUCACCAGAGAUCAAGGAGAGAAGAAGAAGAUGAACAACAACAACGUUCCUGAAAACACAACAACGCAGAGCAGUACGGGGUUCGACCCAAUGGCAAAGAUAUUGAUUCGUAAAACCAUCGUUACUGACAGUGGUGAAGAUCAAGGUGAUCAUGGUGCAGAAGCUCCUGACGAUGUGCUUGCCUUCACCCGUUCUGUUCACAAAAUCGACUCCUCGCUCGAAUGAUUAAUGUACUGUACGUCUGUCUGUUUGAGUAUCAAUAGGCCACUUGAUUAAUGGGGAUUGCUAUGGCUUCGCCUUCCAUUCUCUUUUGUGUGUGUUUUUUGAUCAAAUUUAGAGAUGCGAUAUAAAGAUUCAAGGGGUUUGGGUUGA